GCCAAUCGACAUCAUGAAUACCAACCCGCAGACAUCUCAGAGGCUGAGCUGAUGCAACAUGCGCUGAGGCUGUCAGAGUUAGAGGCCCAACAGCGCGGUCAUGUUGUGGCAGGCUCGCUUCUUGCAGAUCAUCCUCUGCAGGAAGACUUCCGAGAUGAGGACGACGGUUCUCCGCAAGAGGCGGCAGAACAGAGAGCCAGGUUACGUGAAGAGCAGGAAGCCGAGUACCAGGAGAGCUUGCGGAUCGAUCGCGAGCGCGCGGAGCAGGAGGCUCUAAGGCUCAAGGAAGAAGAGGAGAGAAGGAGACAAGAAGCGGAAGAGCUGGAGUCCAAAGCCAAGCAGGCAGAAGCGGAGGAAAAAGCACGGCAGGAUGACAUCGCUCGAAAGUUGGAGGAGGCCAAGAGCAUGAUCACUGCGGAGCCCCCUCCCGAUGAACCUGGCCGACUUCAGUUCCAGAUCCGCACGCCUGAUGGAAGGAGGCUUAAGAGGGCCUUCCGACCUGAGGACACCAUUGGCCAGGUGUACGCCUAUGCCUGUGUCGAAGGUGGCGAGGUCCUGGCAACACGCGAGUUUCGGCUGGUGGAGACGAUGCCGCGCCGGACCUACGAGGACGUCAACUGA